CCAUCUUUGCCAGCAGUUGCAUUGCCCACCUCAGAAGGUCGAAACCAUCUAUGGAAAAAUACGCGAGAGGCAGUGCGAUAUAUAUACAAGCAUCACAGGGACGACGCAGACUGGUUCCUGAAGGCAGAUGACGACACCUACGUCAUCAUGGAAAAUCUUCGUUACAUGCUCAUCAAACACGAUCCCAGGGAGCCGGUGUAUUUUGGAUGUCGCUUCAAGUUUCCACUGGCGCACACCCAGGGGGGUUAUAUGAGUGGGGGACCAGGUUAUGUCAUGAGUCGAGAGGCUGUGGAGCGAUUCGUGGAGAAGGCCCUUCCCAAUCCCGCAUUAUGUCCUCCAUUGCAGAAGGAUGAGGAUGUCGGAAUGGGAAAAUGCAUGCAUGCAGUAGGAGUAGAAGCUGGAGACUCCCGGGACGAGCUCGGUCGCUGGCGUUUCCUGCCAUUUGAGCCCGAGUUCCACAUCAAUCCUGAUAAUCGCAAAGGAUAUAAAUGGAAAUGGUUUUCUUGUCACAGUUACUAUUCGUUCUCUGAAGGACUUCAGUGUUGCUCAGACACCGUUAUCUCAUUCCAUUACAUCUCACCGGAGCAAAUGCAUAUUCUGGAGUAUUUAAUCUACCAUGUCCAUCCAUAUGGCUUAUAGUGCUGCAAGUACUCUUGAAAUUAAACACCACUAUUUCACAUGUAGGAAAGGGAUAUUUCAUAUGUAGAAAACCAUCCAACA